AUGGGCCAACCAUCGCUCAAAGAGGACAAUGAACGCCUGGAGUCGAACUUCCGCUUCAGGCGGGAUGCUUCCGUGGGCUGGCAGCAGCGGGCUGUCAGCACGCUUCUGGUGCCUGCCCACACGUGGCUGAUAAAUGCCGCAGCGAUUGCCUCGGCAAGGAUUUCGAAGUGCGCUUGA